CUCUUAAUAGCUUUCUCUCCCUUCUUUCUUCUCUUCCUUUCAUACACAAUCACACAAUCAAAAUGAGCGGUUCCAAAGCUGUUGCCGAAAAUAUGCUCUGGGGUGGUCGAUUCACCCAGGGCCUCGACCCCCUGAUGGUGCAGUACAACAUGUCCUUGCCCUACGAUCGCAUCUUCUGGAAGCAGGAUAUUGCGGGCUCCAUUGCCUUUGCCCGGGCCAACACCAAGUCCGGCAUUCUGUCCGCCCACGAGUUCGCCGAGAUCGAGCGCGGCUUCAAGCAGAUCGCCGAGGAAUGGAGCACCAACACCUUUGUUGCCAAGGAGAACGACGAGGAUAUCCACACCGCCAACGAGCGCCGUCUGUCUGAGAUCAUCGGCAAGGAGAUUGGUGGCAAGCUGCACACCGGCCGGUCCCGUAAUGAGCAGAUUGCCACGGACAUGCGCCUGUGGCUGCGGGAUGAGCUGCGCAAGCUGGACAGCUUCCUGUGCGAUCUCAUCAAGGUGUCCAUUGCCCGUGCCGAGUCCGAGAUUGACUACAUCAUGCCCGGUUACACCCACUUGCAGAAGGCCCAGCCGGUCCGCUGGAGCCACUGGAUCCUGUCGCACGCGACCGCCUUUGCCAGCGAGCUGCAGCGUCUGCGUGAGGUCACCAAGCGUGUCAACCGCAGUCCUCUCGGUACCGGUGCUCUUGCCGGCAACCCCUUCCAGAUUGACCGUGAGGCCAUGGCUCAGGAGCUCGGCUUCGAUGGUCUGCUGUACAACUCGAUGAACGCCGUGGCCGAUCGUGAUUUCGCCAUGGAGACGAUGCAAUGGGGCAGCUCCUUCAUGCUCAAGAUCUCCCGCUGGGCGGAGGAUCUGAUCAUCUACAGCAGUUCGGAGUUUGGAUUCGUCCGGUUGUCCGAUGCCUACUCGACCGGUUCAUCGUUGAUGCCUCAGAAGAAGAACGCAGACAGCCUGGAGCUUUUGCGUGGAAAGGCCGGUCGUGCCUUUGGCCAGAUGGCCGGACUGAUGUGCACCAUCAAGGGUCUUCCGACCACCUACAACAAGGAUCUGCAGGAGAGUGUGGAGCCUCUGCUUGACCACAUCAAGACUGUUGGCGACAGUAUCCAGAUCGCCACGGGUGUCCUGUCCACCCUGACUGUUAUCCCGGAGAAGAUGAUCGCUGCGUUGGCGCCGGAAAUGCUGGCCACCGAGUUCGCCGACUACCUGGUCCGCAAGGGCGUGCCUUUCCGCGAGGGUCACCACAUCUCCGGCCGGGUCGUGGCUCUGGCCGAGAAGAACGGGGUGCCUAUGGAUACCCUGACGCAAGAGCAACUCCAGACGGUUGAUGCUCGGUUUGACAACGACGUUCAGGCCUGUUUGGACUACGAGCGUGCGGUGGAGCUGAAGGAUGCGGUGGGCGGUACUAGCCGUCGGGCCGUGUUGGAGCAGACUGGCGUUCUUCGCGGAUUGUUGUAGGCGUUUGGAUUGGUCAAAAGUUAGCGUGCGUGUAUAGAGAUUUGUAUGAUAUAUGACAAUUGGUUAUUCCUGAUCCUAAUGACUAUCCAUCUUCCUCGAUUAUUAUGCG